AUGGCCAAGUGAACAAGUUUCUUAUUCUGUUUAUUGUUUUUGCGUUUCUGGUGCAGCACAUUGAAGGCAGUGAAACAGGCUCACGUUCCGCGGAUAAGUGUUGCCGAUGAAACCCAAAGCCACCGGUGACAAAGCACAGCACAGCAUUUGCUGACGUACCAGUGUCAAGUGUUCCGCCGAGGGCGAGAUAUGAUCACCGUGAGUGGAACAGUCUCGCUUGCUCCACUCGGUCGGCAGGAUAGGAUCUAAUCUCUUAUCAACUCCCCCGACGGACAGAACCGAAUCGUCAAAAUAAAUGAAAAUGGAGUUCACACUGUCGAUCGACGAAGAAAAUGCGCUAACCCUGUACGAGGAGCUCGAGCAGACAGACAUCAAUCCCACCAACCUGAAUGUAAACUGUUGCUGCGGUCUGCUUCGGACCUCGCCGUUCCAUCUGCCCAAAUCCAACUCCACCGAGCAUCUGCAGCACGGUGACCACCAGCACCGACACUCACCGACAGCACAACAUGGCCACCACGACCACGGGACCUGUGAGGACGUCGAGGACACCGGACCCCAGGAGCAGGACCCCAGCACAGGUGAGCACCGAUGGCGUAGCAACGUGGAGCGGCGCAACAAUCGAUACCGGACGUUUGGACUGCUGGAAUCGAGCAUCCUGAACAGCUUUCAGAUACAAAACUUUCGCCGCAAAACACCGAGCGUGUUCGAAUCGUCCAGCUCCUCCGGACAGACGAGCUGCAGCUCCACCACUUCCAGCAUGAUCGAGGACAUCUCCGACAAGAUCGACGAGAUCGACAAGCUCGACAGCAACAUUCACUCGCUCAUGUACAAAUCGGUCGAGCUGCACAACGACCUACUGUCGCUCGAGGCCACCACGAACCGGUUGAUCGCCGAUACCCGCAAGCUGUCGGACGAUCUGGACGAUGUGCAGUUUCUGGACGAGCUGAUCACCAUCCUGAACGGUGACAUCGGACCUGUGAUACACCGCGAGUGGCCCUACAAAGUCGACACCGAUGCCCCGAUCGAGGAAGGGACACCGGUCACGUAGCAGUGGAUGGUCCGCCGACGGCGUGAGAGAGCGAAACGCUGGCGCCAAGCGUCAGCCUUGAUCCGGUAUUAUUAAGCCUUUAGAUGUAUGUCGAUAUGUCCACGUGACCAACUACUGUCCCGUCCCGUGUCUGGGCCGCUUGAAGUGCCGCCCGCUUUGAAGUUCACCGUAGAUGGAAUGCGUCCCGAAUAUAUAUGCACAGCACAGCCGA